AUGGCAUUCCGGGACAUGUACACACAGUUCUAUCCUCCAAAACCGAAGUUCACAGAGCGUCAUGUCCCCUCUCAGAAAGGCCGGGUAUUCCUUGUGACAGGAGGAACCAUAGGUGGUGUGGGCUUUGAGCUUUGCAAGAUGCUCUUUGGGACGGGUGCUACCGUCUAUCUUACGUCCCGUUCAAAGAACCGAGGCGAGGAGGCAAUCAAAGCAAUCACAGAGAGUUCUCCCGCCCCUGCCACGCCAGGAAUUCUGAAGUUCAUUCAAUUGGAUCUCAAUGACCUAGCGUCCGUGAAGGAAGCUGCCGCAGAGUUCGCUCGGCAGGAAAGCAAGCUCGAUGUCCUUUGGAACAACGCCGGGACUGCGCCUUUCCAGGUCCAGCCUUCCGAAACGACGGUACAGGGCCAUGAAGCGAUUAUGGGCAGGAAUUGUAUCGCAGCACUCCUUCUCACUCAGCUCCUGUUGCCACAGUUGCGAGCUGCUGUCGCUGCACAGAUGACCCCGGGUUCUGUGAGGGUAAUCUGGACCGCGAGCAUUGCGGCCGACCAUGACUCCGGGUUGGAUCCUAACGGAAUCGACAUCGACCAACUAGGAACCGUCCACCCAUCACGGACGCGCAAUUAUGCACUGUCAAAGGUGGGAAACUGGUUCCUCGCCCGGGAGAUGGCACGCAGAUAUGGCAGCGAGGGCAUCUUGAGCGUCGUGCAGAACCCAGGGAACACCUCGACGCAUGGCUACGACACUGCCCCUCCUGUCUUAGUAUUCUUUAUGAAAGCACUCAUUCUGCAAAAGCCCAAGUUAGCUGGUUAUACAGAGCUGUUUGCCGGUCUGUCACCCGACGUCAAGCCUGAGCACGGAGGUAUGUAUAUCAUGCCUUGGGGCCGAAUCCGGCGUGACGAGGAUUGCCCGAGGCAAGAUAUCAUCAGAGGAAUUAAGCCCGAGGAACAGGGCGGGCUUGGGAAUGCAAGGAGGUUUUGGGAGUGGUGUGAACUGCAGGCAAAAGAUUACAUGUAG